CAAAACAUUCAAAAAAAUGAAAGGAAGCAAGGAGAAGGAGAAGCUAUCGAUGGAAAAAUACAUGGAUUUUGUUUUAUCUCAAGAGCCAUCAAAAGUCACAAAGUUAUUUCUCAAUCAGAUCAUCUCCAUGCAUGGUUUCAAGAAAAUAAAUAAUUCAAAGAGCGUGUUAAGCGAUGCUGUGCGGACAUUGAAUCUAAUGGAUCCAUCACGCUCCACUUUGAAAGAGAACAUCUCGCCGUGCGCAUCAAUCACUCUUGACGACAUAACGACUCACCUAAACGACCUCGCUUGGCGAGAGUGCUGUAUCACUUCGAUCGAUGUCAUAAACAACACUAACACCGAUAUCGACAAUUCUCAGCUUUCAGAAUAUUUUGCAGGAAAAUGUCGAGAUUCUUCUGCUUCUACAUCGUUGAAUCUUGGAUCUGAGAUCGGUGAAGUAGCUACAAAAAUGGUGACCAAAAGGAAGAGAUCAUCGACUUGAUUGACUUUUUCUCUGUUGUUUGAUUCGAUAUGUCGUGGUUUUUUAGUGUUGAAGAAUUUUGGUGUUUCGGCGGGAAUUAGUGAUUCAAAUUUAUGUUUUUAAUUGUAGAUGAAA